AUGAAGACUUCAGCUCCUGCAUGGAGUAUUUUUGGACGAAAAUCUUAUAAGCACACAGAAGCUGUCCCUGGGCCUGGCGCAUAUAAUCCUACAUCAUAUGUACUUGAUAUGGGACCUAAUUUUGGAUUUGGAAGAUCUGCAAGACCUGCGCUGGUAGGAAAACAAGGCUCGCCUGGGCCAGGCUCUUAUAUGCCUAGAGCUGUUACACCUAGUGCAAGACGACCAAUGUAAUUAUUAUGCAGAUUUGGCAGGUCAAAUAGGCUGCCUCUUAAUGGGAUGAGCGACACUCCAGGCCCAGGAAGCUAUGAAGUCCGACCUAAAAGUGAAGGACCGUCUUACAGCUUAUAUGGAAGAGUUAGGAAAGAAAAACGUGAUAAUUCGCCAGGUCCUGGACAUUAUAAUCCAAAGUUAUCGACUGUCGACAAUUUGCCAGCACCUAGGAUGGGGACUGCCAAAAGAGGAGGGGAAAUCACAUAUUCCACAUUUCCUGGGCCAGGGUCCUAUCCUAUGAGAAGCACUUUAGAAGGCCCGAAAUGGGGACUUGGCUCAGGCGGACGAAGUAAUAUGAAGCCACAAAACACACCAGGGCCUGGGUCAUAUGAGCUAAAAUCGACGAUUUCGAAUCUCCCUUCGUAUUCUCAGUCAAGCGUCCAUAAUUAA